CCCGCCGUCCGGCCGCGGCACCAUGAAGGUGGAAGCGGGGGACAACUCCAUGAUCAACCUGUCGGUGCAGCAAGUGCUGAGCCUGUGGGCUCACGGCACCGUCCUGCGCAGCCUCACGGAGAUGUGGUACUGGGUUUUCCUCUGGGCUCUCUUCUCCUCUCUCUUUGUCCAUGGUGCUGUGGGAGUAUUAAUGUUUGUGAUGCUGCAGAGGCAUAGGCAGGGGAGGCUGAUCUCUGUCAUUGUGGUCAGCAUUGGAUUUCUGGGUUCUAUAACUGGAGCAAUGAUAACCAGUGCUGCAGUAGCUGGAAUUUACAGAGUAGCAGGAAAGAAUAUGGCUCCCCUAGAAGCUCUUGUCUUUGGCGUUGGACAGACAGUACUGACAUUAAUUAUCUCAUUUUCAAGAAUUCUUGCAACGCUUUGAAACUCACGUAGAAAGAGGGGAGAAGAACAUCUUUAAUUUGAAGAGAAGCUUCCUGAAAGUGGAUUCAUCAGCUUAUGAACUCGAAUUCUAGUGCAAGAGGAAGGAAGCUAUGUGGAAAGUGCGCUACAAAUCUCGAGGCUCAGUCAAAUGAACAGGCUGUCCUCUAGUGUUGGAACUGCUGCACUCCUGCCUUAACGUGCCUCUGGAGCACCUCGAGCAGCUGCCAGGCAUGUCCAUGCUUGGUGAUGGGCUCACUGCCCUUAACUCCUUGGAAUGAAACAGAGGGGCCCUCCUGAAAGUUGCUCCGUGUGCCAAACUUGGGGUGUAAUUCUGAGCGGGUGGCUGGGUAAGCUCUGGAAUGUAGAAGAAUUCUGUCAAUGUGCACAAUUCUCCUUGAGUUCAGGUGAAAUAGCAAGAUAACUCACUUUUGUGUAUUAGAAGAAUCUCUCUGAAUGCUGAAUAGUCUCGUUCAGCAUUCAAAACAACUGUUAGAUCUGUUUCAAAAUGUAGAUUAAUUUUGGUGGGGUUUGAGAACCAGGGCUUUAACAACCCUGAUACAAUUAGCACUAUGUGAAGAAUGGCUUGUGGCAGUUUUCUUCUUUGGCACAUUUCUCAGUGAUUUUAGCCUGUCAGAAAUCAGGAGUUUAAGGAGAUUGUAUGAAGGUUACGAAGUACAACCUAUUGUGUAUGCACAAACAAAUAUUAAACUGAUGCUUUCCUCUAAAUUACUUUAUCUUAAAUAUACAGAGGGUUACCAGCCCUUCUGCAAACCUCAGAAAAAGGGCACUCAUUGCAAAUAAACACCCUAUAUUUAAUUAAGCACUGGUAGGAUCCUUAUCCCUACAUGUAUUCUGUAAGGAGCACACAGAUAUAACAAACUCUGAGACUACACCUAUGAGGAAAAUGGAGAGGGGUAACAAUAUGAUAUGUUGGUUUUCUAUUAAAUAAAAAUAUUAAGUGUAAUAAAACAGUUACCUUACUCCAAAAAUUUUUAAGUGGGUCAGCACUAAUGUAUUUACUACCUUGUUUCUGAACACUUUGUAUAUUUGGAAAGAUUAAGAUGCCUGGAACUUUCAAACACUUAGCUUUCUGUAGUUUGUGGUUUUCUAGUUUAAAAGGGACUGAGUGGUAUUGUGCAUGUGAAAUGUCAUAAAUGUGAGUGUUUGGAGUAAAGAGAAAUUUUAAGUCUAAUGACUAAUUAUUUAUGAAAUACAAAAUAUAAAGGGCAUAAAGUUCUGUGAAGAAUAAGAAAUCUUUUACAUCUUUUCUCAACUAAAUGCUUUUCAGCAGUUGUCUCUUAAUGAUGAUGGGGAGUAAAUCACUCAGAGGUUUUGCUGUUACAAUGUCAAAAAAAUUUUCAAGACUGUUGCAAACACUGGCAUCCACUGCACACCUAAAAUAAUAUAACUUGCAAUCCAGUCAUUGCUUAGUACUUCAAAAUAUAAUGAAUUAACCUGUCCACAUACAUUUCUUUAAAGUACUACAAAUGUUAAUAUUUAUUUUCUUUAAAAGCAUCAAAGUCUUGUUUGGAAAACAUACAAAGUUAUGGGCUUUGCAGGGAGCAAGUUGAAAUAUAGGUUUAUAAACAUUUUCAGUGUUAUUUUUACUUUUAAUUGCUUAAAAAUGUGGCUGAAUACAUGUGCUCUCACUGUUUUUGAAUGUCUUAAAAAUCUUCUUGGUGGCUGAUAUUUUUUGUCUUUUGUCUUUUACUUUCUGCUUAAUCUUUUGGGCACACAACCAUUGCACUUUAGUAGACAAUAAAAUUAUGACAUCUGUAAAAAGCAAUUGAAACUUCUCCCCAUUGUCUUAAAUUCUGAAAAAAACUGGUUUCAGGUAUUUAAGUCAAAUUGAAUAAUAAAGUAAUUGAAGAUAUUUCUCCUAAUAUGUGCCUUGUUCAUGUAUGUUUAGGGGAGAAGAUUUUGAAAAAAAAUGUCACAUCUUCAUUCUUGUUCUAUUUUGAUUAUUUCUAAUUCAUUUGGUUACUUGAUACAGUGUCUUGUUCAACAGACUUUAAAACAUUUUAUUUUACAACCUGGAAAUGUUUGUUUGGAUCAAAACAAACCACAUAAUGAAGCAGUGUGUUCAGUAAUUUAGAUUAUCUCAUGCCUUUAUCUCAUACUGAAAUUUAUUCACAGGUUCCUAAUUUCCUUGAACAUCUCAAUUCUCACUUGUUAUAGGAGGUUGUUAUGUUGCCACUGGUCAAUGGCUUGCUGUCUUUCACUAAGUUAAACUACAGCAGACUGCUGGUAACUGAUGAGACACAUAUGCUUGUAUUGAUGAACUUCAUUCUUCAUUUUAAUUACGUGCCAGUGAAAUUGUUGCCAUUGUAACUUUCCCCCUGGGAUAAGGAGACACCUUUGCAGGUUUUAAGCUACCUUUCUCCAAAUAAUUUUUAUUGCAUAGGUUGUAGUAUUCACUUUUGAAAUGUUGUGUGCUUAGUUGUCUCUGCAUUUUAUGGCAUUAUUGCCUGGCAACAAGGGACAGGCAGAUAAUAAAAUGUUUAAGUGACCUAACAGGAACAAGGCUUUAUUUGACAGAAGUUUGUUUUCAGCUGUUUCUUGUGAGGAGUUCUUAAUGAUAAAAAGUUUGCCUGUGAAGUAUUCUUUGAUCACAGCAUGAACAUACUGCUUAAUUACUCCAGCAGUGAAAGAAAGUGUAAGUGACCUUAUGUCUGCAAAACUUGGAACUUUCAUUCCAUAUCCCUAGAAACAGCACUGUUAAGUAUAAGGUGCUUUAGUCAGUGUGUGUAUAUAUAUUUAUAUAUAUAUAUAUAUAUAUGAAUGAAUGGUGUCUUUGUAGAGUGUUUUAUAACACACGCUAACAACUGAAAUAGGUUUUCCAAGAAAAAUAAAAGUACUUUAGAUAGCUUCCCCUCCCCCUGCCCCUCUUAAUUAAGCUACAAAGACAUCUUGUGUGUGAAUGGCACUGAUGGUACCCUGGUUCCCCUUGGACAAUACAGUGUUGUCCCCACAGGAUGUUUCAGUACUGUCUUCAAUCAGCUCUGCCUGUCUCUGCAUUGUAUCACUGGGCACAUUCUGCACUAUGCACAAAUAAUACCUAGACACAGAUUAAUAUUUGAAAGAAUGGGGAGUACUGAAGAUAUUUAAUGUAGAAAAGCUAAUGAUUUUUAGAAGCUGCUGCUAUCAAAGAUUUGAACAUCCCACACACUUUCAAUUAAUCAGUAUGAUCAUAGAAUUAUAGAAUUCCAGGUUGGGGGGACCUCAGUGAUGGUCUGAUCCAACCUUUCCUGUCAAUAACAUGGUCUAGACAAGGUAGCCCAGCACCCUGACCAGCCAAGUCUUUAAAGUGUCCAGUGCUGGGGUGUCCAACACUUCCCUGUGGAUUUUGUUCCAAUGGCAUUAUUCCAGUGUCCAGUUGGAUAUUGCAAAGUAAUUUGUCCACAUGACCAUGUGACUGUAUGUAUAAAGGGACUCUCUUCUUUGUAGCCACCCUUUGAAAACCAGAAUAUGGUGAUAAAGGCUCUCUUAAGCCUUCUUUUUUGCAGGCUGCAUCAACCCAGUUCUCUGCCUUUCCUCAUAUGUCAGGCUUCCCAGACCUUUGAUUAUCCCUGUGGCCUUUCUCUGGACCCUCUUCAGCCUGUCCAUGGUUUUGUGGGGUUUUUGCAUAUCAGGGACCAAAGCUGAACACAGAGAACCCAGUAUUGCAGGUGUGGCCUGACAAGUGCUGAGCGAGAUAAUGGUGAUUUUAUCUCUGCUGGUGAUGCCCUUGUUGAUGCAGUCCAUGUCAAUGAUCAUGUUGACUUUUUUUGCCAUAGCAGCACACUGCUCACUCACAUGGAGCUGCUUGUUCAGCAGGACCCCUAGAUCCCUUUCCACAGAGCUGCUCCUCAGACAGGUCCAUCCCAGCCUGUGCUGCACUCCUGGAUUAUAUUUUGCCCCUUGCAAGAUCUUACUCUUGUCCUUGUUGAAUUUCUUAAGGUUCUUUGUACAUCUUAUCAAUGUCAUUUUCAAUGUAAGUUCUCAAUGUGUAUUUUUCUGCUUUUCCAUCUCUGGUGCACUUCUCUUCUGGCUUUGAGCAGAUUCAGAGAUUCACAGUUAAGACAAGGAGGUCUCUUGCUCUGCCUUUUUCCUGACCUUAAAAGUGAUGAACUGGUUUAGUGUUUCCAGGAGACUGUUGGUAAAAAACUCCUAGCACUCACUGGCUUCUUUAUCCUCCAUGACAUCCCUUCCCAUGGGCUCUGAGCAUAGUGAAGUUUGCUCUUCUAAACCUGAAAUGUUUAACACUGACCUUCAGCAUGCUCAGCAGCAUCCCUCUACUGUGAUCAUGGCAGCUGGGGCUAUCACUGAUUGGGAUUUUGUAAAGCAGGUUUCCUUGGCUUGUGAGUAGCAAGUCCAGCAGUGCCUCACCCUUGAUUGGCACAUCUAACCAUCUCUAUUCCAAAUAUGACCUCUACAUACUCCAGGAACUUGAUGGAUAACACGUGGGCUGCUGCAUUGUUUUUCUACAAGUGUCCAGGCAGCCAAAAUCACCCAUAGAACCAGCUUCUGUUGACCCAAAGCUUUCUUAAGUGACCUAAGUAUUGUUUAAUUGAUGUUAUUUUCUUGGUUUGGAGGUCAGUAGCAGAUGCCUACUUGGAGAUUCCCCUUGGAGAUGACCUCUCUGACCUUGACUCAGGCAUUCAAUAGAGCUUCCACAAUCCCUGUGCAUUGGUGCACAUAUACUGGAGGUGGUUGCUCCUCUGGUUCUCAUCUUGGGAAACAGCUAAGGAACAUUUGGCACUGCUCUGGUUGGCCUAACUUAUUCCCCAGAUGAAACAAAUUGUUUUGAUUCAAAACCUGCAGCUAUGUUUCAGGAAAAUAGGCUUCCAAAUAAUUAUUGUCUUUAAUUUUUGGGUGAUUUUCAGUUUAUGAAACUGAGCUGUGUGCUGUGGCUAGCCAUGAUUUGCUGUUGAUGUUUUU